AUGUCGGUGAGUGAUAAGAAUUUCAAUGAGAUGAUGACACACAACAAUAUUCUUGAAACCCAAAUAACUCAACUAUCCAACACUUUAAAAGAUUGUGCUAGCCCUUCUUCACUACCCUCUCAAGGAGUUGAUCCUAAGAAACCCGUUUAUUCUAUCACCACAAAUAGUGGAAAAGUGCUUAAAGAGAGAGUUUCUAGGAAUAGUGAGGAGGAUGAGAAGAAGAGUGAUUGUGAUUCAAGUGAGGAAAAAGAGAAAGAUGUGUCUAAGAGUGUGAGCAAAGAAGAAAUCCUUGUGAAAAAGAAGAGUGUUGAGAGAGUGCAAGAGGAAGUGAGAAAACCCGACCUUCCAUAUCCCCAAAAGUUUAUGAGAAACAAGUUAGAUGAACAAUUUGGGAGAUAUGUUGACAUGUUGAAGGAGGUCCAUCUUUCUAUCCCUCUCACCGAAGCUAUGACCCAAAUUCCUAGAUAUUCCAAAUUCCUUAAGGAUAUUUUGAGUGGCAAGAGAGAGUGCAAUGAGAUAGAUUCGAUAGAGUUUGGUGCUAGUGUUAGCAUUAUGCCUUACUCGGUGUUCAAGAAGCUUAAUCUAAGAGAAAUUCUUCCUACGAACAUGACCUUGCAAUUGGUUGAUAGAUCUAUUAUGUUCCCAAAAGGAAAAGUUGAAGAUGUUCCCCUUAGGAUAGGUGGUUUCACAAUUCUCGUAGAUUUUAUUGUGCUAGAAAUUGAAGAGGAUGACCACAUUUCUAUUACUCUAGGGAGACUAUUAUUAGCUACCUCGGGUUCUCUAAUAGAUGUUAAAGGAGACCGUAUCACUUUGAGAGUUGGAGUCAUGAAUGAUAAUUCCCUUCGUUCAUUGGAUAAUGUGUGUGUGAUUAAUUCUUCAACUAACGGUGUUCACGAGAUUUUUGAUGAUGUGCUUGUGAAGUUUGAUGGCAUGAAAGUUAGUAAAAAAGAAAAGGAGCUUUCAAUGGCUAAGGACGAAGAGGUAAUUGACAUUCCACAUUGGUUUGAGCUUUGUCCUCUAGAGGAGGAGGAUGGUUCCAAGGAAGUGGAUGGUGUUAACCCAUCUACAAGAAGGAACAAGGCUAAGAAGAAGGCAAGGGUUUCUAGGAAGAAGCGAAUGAGAUUGAAGUUGAAGAAUGAGAAGGUUGUUUUUGAAGUUUAA